AUCACCCCCCAACGCAUCACGGCCCACGCCCUCGUCGCCGCCUUCAACCGCAUGGACAACGCCGCCAUCAUGGCCGUGCGCGCCCCGCACUGCCUGCGCACCUUCCACCCCAAAUCGCUCAACCUGCCGCCGCAGGACAACGCCGCCUACAAGCGCAACCUCGACAGCAUGGCCAGCGUCUUCGCCAACUUCUCGCUCACCGUCACCGACGUGGUUGAGGACGUGGUGGCGCGGAAGAUCAGCAUGUGGCUGGAGGCGCGGGGGGACACGGCGGCGGGCGAGUAUGUGAAUGAGUAUGUGUGGAAUAUGGAGUUUGAUGAGGCCGGGCAGCAGAUUGUGGGGUGGAGGGAGUUUGUGGAUGUGGGGAUGGCGAGGGAUUUUUUCCCGAAGUUG